CAGUUUGAAUUAUCUACUACAGUAGUUUUAACUACUUUUAUUUAGUAGUCUUCAUUGCUUGUGCCCUGUUUCCAUGGUGACCUCUAGUGUCAAGGUGAAGCCCAACACAUUUACUUUCACUAGUGGAGCGUUGCAGCAUUUUAAAUGAUGCUCCACCUGAUAUAAAUAUUAACAACUUGAUUCAAAAUUGCUUGAAUUGUAAUUUCACAUGUAACAGAGACUGAAGAGAAACCAGGACAGGAGAAAUGUCUGAAGAAUCAGAAUCAGAGAGAGAAUACCCGCCGACACGUAGAAAUCUGCUUCUGCACCUGCAGAAAGAGAGAAAACCAGACUUUAACCCGGAUGUUUCCUGCUGGGUUCGGCGUACAGCCUGUCCUGUCAGGGUUACUUUGACCUCUGAGCUUUAUUUAGGCUCAGUGUGUCGAUGAUUACAGAGAAAAUCCUGAAGAGGGUCAAACAUGUUAAGUCGUCUGAUUAUAGCAGCAUUCUGGGAUAUUUCACUGACUUUGAUCUGUGAAUCAUUUAUUUACAGUUUAUUAUAAAGUCAGUUUAAUUGUGCAGCGAUGAUGGGAGAAAAGUGAGAGAUUGUAGGAAGAGCAUGAAAACAUUUGGAGCCCAGAUGUCCUUAAAUGUGGUGACAGAAGACGGUUAGCCGCCAUCGGCGCGUCGUCUGUCCCCUGGUAGCAGAAUGAGACGUGAAGACCUGCGUCAGGUCUAACCCUAACCCUGACCUUUGACCCCACCAACACCAGUAAGCCUAAUGCAUUAAGUCCGACCUCUGCUCUCUACCUGAUGUUUGUUCCUCCCUGAAUCAGUCGGAUGUUUCCAGUGACUUUCCUCUCAGACGAAGCGUUUGUUUCUGUCAGGACGUUGAAUCAACGCCGCUGCAGUCUUUAAAACUAUUAUUGUUUCUCAUAUGUUUUUCUUUUAAUGUUUUCACUGAAAACUGCUAAAAAUCGUCCAUGUGUUCAACCUUUGACCUCUCGCUCAGUUCUUAUUACCCAGAAAAGCAGAAAGAGCAAAGCUAACCCCGCUAAGCGCUCGGUUUUCCUUUAAAGAACUCCAUUUAUGUCGCUGUAUUUGUUCCCUUCCUGUCUGAAGAACGCGUCUGGCUGCAGAUUCAUGUAAUCUGAGCCUAAACUUCACUCUGAGUUAUUGAUUAUUUGGGAAAAGCGCUCUUUAGUAACGUGAGCCCUGGACGGGGGGGUCGUCAUGACGCUUAUUAAUAAUGCAUGCUUGGGCCUGCUGGGAUGCUGGAGUGGAAACACAUGCAGGCCGGUAAUAAAGGCCACAUGCUCCCACUGAACCGAACGGAGCUGCAGAAAACUGCAGAUGCAUUUUAAAGAUGGAGACUUUUACAGUGAAGUCAUCAGGGCUCCGGUUUCUGAAGGUUGAUGUUUCCUGGAUGAGAAACAAACGGCUCUUCAAACUCCUCACAGCAAAAACCGCCAGAGUGUUUAACAUGAAAGAGCAGACUUUUAUUAACUUAAACUACGAUAAAUUUAUCUGACUGUGUUUCUGUAAGUUACACUUUCAAAAAUUAAAGCAAAGGUUUCGUUACUUAGCUUUUCUUACAAGGAAAAAAUGGGUUCAUUCUGCAAAGCCUUAUUUUCCAAUGUUUAGCUCCAAGCUAAUUAGCAGCUAGCAUACUCGCUAAUUUAUUUAAGCAAGCUAAAUAUUUAGUCAGUAUUCACUUACCAAGUUAAAUAGUUAGCAAGCCAGUCAUCUAGUUUAUAAACUAAAUAUUUACAUCCAGACUAAAUGUUUACUUAGCAAGCUAAAUAGUUAUAAAGCUAAAUAUUUAGCUUAGAAAUCAAAUAUUUACCUCCAAACUAAGUAGUUAGAAAGUUAAUUUGUUAGUUCUGAAGGUAAAUUGUUAGAAAGGCAAAUGUUUACUUAGCAUAUUAAAUAGUUAUCAAACUAAACAUUCAGUUCAGAAACUAAACAAAUGUUAAAGCAAGUCUUCCCAGUUCUGAAGCAGCAAAGCAGCCCACAUCAUCACUCUGCCACCACCAUGUCUGACUGCUGCUGGGAUCCAUUUCUGAGUGAAACUAACAAAAAGGUCAAAUUAAUAUUGAUUCAGAAGGUGAAAAAUUGAACCACUGUAUGAUCAUAAAAUAUAAAUAUUAAAUAUUGAUGUAGGUCUUUAGUUCAAGUAAUUUAAUAUCAUGUUAUGACUGUAAUGUAGAAACAAAUUAAACGAAAAUGCAACAGAUAAUAGAAAAAAUGGACCUGAGCUGCUUUGGCAGGAACAAAAACUGUCGUUAAAUAUAACACUUAUCAAUUAUUAUCUUGUAAUUUGUUUAUUUGAAAAUAAGUAAAAAUAAUUUGAAAUCAAGUGAAGAUAGCAGCUGUUAAAAUGCUUAGAGCAUUAAAAUAAAUCAAAGUUGUAAUAAAGAACGACUGACUGAUUUGGUUCAGAGUAAAGAAUCUGUUCAGAAGAAUCUGUUCAGAAGAAUCGGUUCAGAAGAAUCGGUUCAGAAGAAUCGGUUCAGAAGAAUCUGUUCAGAAGAAUCUGUUCUGGAUCAGGACGAUUUGUUGCUUUUUGAAAUCCUUUGGCCUACUUCGUGUCGCUAGUCCUUCACCACUGGCUAUUAUCAGCUGAUUUCCACUUUAACACAAGUUGCCCAGUAAUUUAAAAUAAGAUCAUGUUCGUUGGAUAUUAAACUUUUGUUGUCAUGUUUUCUUUGAAAAGGCGUUUUGUGCCUCAGAUGGAGCGAAGGCAGAAAGUGUCAGCAGGAUAAUUACAGGGUGUAACUCUCACUGCAGCUCCUCCUCCUGGGCUGAGGAGUGAAAUAACAACCCAUCCCACCGUGCGCUGGGAAACCAGCAGGACAUAAAGUUUUCACGGCUGAUUUUAAACUCUGAGCAAACUGAACCGUCCCUGUGAGAGCAUCAGCCGUCUGGAGCUGGAGGAGGGAUGGUCAUUAAGUUCAUACAGGUGGUUUAUUACUGAGCCGUAAAGAACAGAGGAAUCAUGUCUGAUGUCUAAUUUAUUCACAGACUGUCCAACAACAAGAUGAUAAAAUAUCAAACCACUAAAAUCCAGGAGGAGCAGUUCUGCUGCUGCUGCUGCUGCAGAACAUGUUGGCUUGUUCCUGUCUGCAGACCGUCUACAGACCGUCUGAAGACUGUCUACAGAUGGUCUACAGACGGUCUGGAAACCGUCUGCAGACUGUCCGCAGACGGCCCAGAGUCUGCAGCUAAAUGUUUUAUUAGCAAGGAAAAUAUGAAGCUUGUUUUGAUGGUCCACUUCCGCUUAUCUUCAGCUGAAUUUUCAGAUUAGCUUAAUAUUUAGUUCAGCUGUCUAAAUGUUAAUUUAAAGCUAAAUAUUUAGUUUCUAAACUCCAAUGCAGAAAACUUGCCGUUUAUGUUUGUGAUGGUAGGAGAGCCAGUCAAGGAGCUCAUCGCUUUGGCACGUUUUUAUGUUUAAGGCACAAUAAUAGUUCUGACGUCGGGUCCUGUAUGUUCACACCUACGGUCCAGCUGCGGCCCACGCCCCUCCCUUUUGGCCUCUCCUCAUCAUUCCUGCAUGUGAGGAAUGUGGAGCUGGUGUUUGAGCGGCUCCAGCAGAUUCCUGAUCUUGGACCAGGAGUCGUGAACAGAGCGAACCAGAAAUGUUCCGGAUCAGAACCGCCCGGCUGAUUGAAGCUGCUGGUGCUUUUCCUUCAUUUCCUCUGAGCGCCUCCUGCUGUCCCAGCUGGUUCCGUCUGCCGGUACCGUUCAGCUGCUCCAGGUUGUUUACUGAUGACGAGGGAACAUUUCUCUGGGGCUGUUCGCACAGCGUUUAACUUCAGCUCCAUCAAACACUUGGGAGGAAACAGUUACUCCAAGUCUGGGUGCCCAAAGUGUGGCGCAGGGGCCAUUGGCGGUCCUUUGAACGAUUUUGUGUGGCCCCAGAAUGCCACAGAUUUGUCCUCCAGUGGACAAUUUGAUCAUUUUGGCAGGAGAACUUCAAUACCAAAUUAAAUUCUUUAAAUUCUUAGAUGCAAAGUAUUUUAACCACCGUGAUUUAAUGUUGCAGUUCGUAGCGCUGUAAACUUUGAGCCACUUCUUAACUAAAGCAAAGCAGAAACAAAACACUAUAUGACGUUAAUUCUUCUGUGGUUCUCGUUUCACUGCUGGGAAAAGACCAAAAGAUUAAGACCAAAUAAACUGAAAUUACCCUAAAAGUUCAGCAUUUAUCAAGACAAAAAACAAAUCCAGAUUUUUAUUGAUUUACUUUUUCAUCUUUCCAUCAGGUUUUAAUUUUAUUCCCUUUUUCAGGUUUGGUUGAUUUUAAAUCCAGUGACUCUGCAGAAAAACUUGCUGAGUCAUAAAUUAGAUAAUUUUAUUAUUUUUGCUUUGGGUGUUUUGCUGGCUGGAGCUCCAGCCCAGUUCCUCAGGUGAACUGGGCUGGACUGGAGCUUUGAUGUGGGGGGCCACACCUUCCAGUUAGUGGACGGACAGAGGAGGUUCUGGUCCGGUUCUGAUCCAGUCAGAGCACAAACAAUUGAGUCUGUUUGUGAUUUUCCUGCACGACUGCCAGCCAAAGAUUAUAGACAUUCCAGCUGGUACCUGCUCAGACAGGUAUGCACUCACCUGGAGGGAGGGAGGAGGAGGGGAGGGGGGGCUCCACCCUGCAUUCAGGAUGAACCUCAGGCAAACAGUCCGACUGUCUGAGUGGAAAGACGUUACGGUGGUUUGUGCACAUGUUGACUCACUCACACUCUCUCUCUCUCUCUCACACACACACACACACACACACACACACACACACACACACACACACACACACACACACACACACACACACACACACACCCAGUGAGGCGCUGAGACAGACAGCUCUCUGUACCUUUUGCUCCCCUGAGCCGCUCACCUCCUCUCCGCGCUGCUGCUCUGCCACGUCGGCGGGAAGCUCCUCUCUGCGCCCCGCUGCUGCUCCGGGACCGGACCGGACCGGACCGGACCGGGUCAGGAGUCUGAACCAGUCCAGGUGUUCAGGUGUUUACCUGAGGAGACAUGAGUGGAUUCCUCUACAGGGGCCGUGACGGCGGUGUGACCUGAGGCAUGCGCUGACUCAGGACCCGCAGCAGCCCGACGGGUCAGCGCCGGCCCGCCCUGCUGCAGCGCCUCUGGAGGAUUUCUGCUGCGCUCCUGCAGCAUCUGGACCAUCUGCGUUAGGAGUCCGGGUUCUGGGACGGUCUGGCUGACCCUGUCUCUGGUUUCAGGCACGGCGCUGCAGAGAAACCGGCCCGGCCCAGGAGCCUCGGACCCACGAUGGAUUUCUCGUAUGAUGAAACAGGAAAAGGUCCUCCGGUCCAGAUGCACAGCCUCAGAGAGUUCGAACAGCACCUCAACGACCUGAAGAAGGAGAACUUCAGCCUGAAGCUGCGGAUCUACUUCCUGGAGGAGAAGAUCCAGCAGAAGUUUGACCAGAGCGGCGACGGCGUCCACAGAGCGAACAUCGAGCUGAAGGUGAAAGUUGAGAGUCUGAAGAAGGAUCUGCAGGAGAAGCAGGAGCUUCUGGACCGGGCGCUAGCCACAGCCGAGGUCCUGUCCAAUCAGAAUGAAGCAGAGCUGCAGCGCCGCCUGGUGGGGCGGCAGGACGAGGUCAGACACAUGCAGGAGAUGCUGGAGGACAAAGUUCAGCUGCUGCAAAAGGAGGCCGAGGCGGCCCGGAGCGAGGCCCGGCGCGCGGCGUCGCUGGCGGACGCCGAGGCCCGGCGCUGCCUGGCUCUGCAGAGGGAGAUGCUGGAGAAGACGGAGGAACACGGAGACUCGGCUGGAGUCCAGACGAGUCGGACCGACGCAGACAGGCUGCUGGAGGAUUUGGAGCAGCAGAAACAGUCGCUAAGUCUCCAGGUCGAAGAGCUCCAGGUCAAAGUUCAUGACCUUUCAUCCUCGCUGGAGAACAGAGAACGAGACGCCGAGCGGCUGGUCGGCGAGCAGCAGGACCAGCUCAGUCGGUACCACAGUGCUGCGGGUCUGUGCGUGGGAGAGCUGCAGCAGGCCCAGAACCAGGUCCGAUCGCUGCAGGUCAACAUCAGAGAGAGCGAGGCUCGGAACCAGAAGCUGCAGGAGCGUCUGGCUGCCAUGGAGCUGCAGCUGCGCUCGGCGCAGGAUGAGGCGCAGCAGCAGGAGAGACUCAUCCAGAACCUGAUGGACGGCGCCGUGUCCAAGGAGACGGAGGUUUGUGAUCUGAACCGAGCCGUGGACCAUCAGAACCAGACGCUGUGUUCCCUCAGGGAGGCGGCGAACCGCCGCCAGCUGUCCAGUACCGAGGCGGCUCCGGGUCAGGGCGAGGUUCUGGCCCUGCAGGCGGCGCUGUUCCAGGCUCAGCUGGAGCUGCAGGCGGCCCAGCGCGCUCAGCGCCGGGCGGACCGCGCUCAGGAGGACCAGAACCGGGCCCUGGAGAGGCUGGAGAGAGACCUGCAGGGGGCGCUGCAGCACCGCAGGGACACGGAGCGACACAAUCGGGAGCUGCAGCUGAUUCUGCAGGCGGUCCGGUCCGACCUGCAGGCGAGGGAGGAGCAGCUGAGCGAGGGCGAGCAAGAGAGGCGGAGGGAGAGGGAGGAGAGAGAGCGCAGCAUGGCGGAGCUGAGGGCCGACCUGCAGCUGAAGGAGCAGCUGCUUCAGGAAUACGGCGAGACGUUGAAGGAACCGAAGGACAACAGAGACGCUUUGCUGCAGAAACUUCGGCAGCGAAUAACGGAGCGAGACCGAGCGCUGGAGCGAGCCGUCGACGAGACGUUUCGCUCGGCAGAGCAGCGAGACGCGGCAAACCGGCAGCUGCAGCUGCUGCUGCAGGAGAAGGAGCGAGACCUGGAGAGGCAGCGCCGCGUUCUGGCCAACAACGAGGAAACCAUCGCUAGCCUGGAGGCGCUGCUGAGGGGGAAAGAGCUGCAGCUGCAGCAGCUGGCUGACGCCUGGACCGGCGCCCGGCGGCUGCAGCGGGACGCCGACGAGCGGACCAGUCAAAUCCUGAAGGAGCGAGACGGCGUCAUUGAGCAGCUGCAGGCGGCGCUGAUCGCUCGCACGCAGGAGACUCAGGACCUGCGCUGCUCUCUGCUGCCUCAGGUCCAGUCGGCGCCGGGUCAGGUUCUGGAGGAGCUGAAGCUCCGCCUCCAGCUGAAAGACCGUCUCUUCCAGGAAGUGAUGUCAGACCGGACCCGGCAGGCCCGGGAGCACCAGGAGCAGGUCCAGGAUCUGCUCAGAACCGUCAGCGCCAGGGACCAGUACAUCCAGGACUCAGCGGCCCGACUCACCGAGGUUCUGGAGGAGCAGACCCUCAGAGUUCAGGAGCUGCGGCGGCAGCUGGGCUCCGGGUCGCAGCCGGACGCGCCUGCAGCGCUGCAGCAGGAGCUGCAGCAGCAGCUGCGCCUGGCGCUGCAGAGGGAGGAGCAGAACCAGCAGGAGACGAAGAGUCGGGCCGAGCAGCUGGACCAUCUGAGCCGCAGUCUGAGCCUGAAGGAGGAGAUCAUCAGGGACCUUCAGAGGAAGAUGGCGGACCCGUCGGACCUUCCUCUGGUGGAGCAGCUGACCCUGGAGGUCCAGCAGCUGAGGGAGGUUCUGGUCCGGCAGGAAGCCGCCUGGCAACCUGAGUUUGGAGAGCUGAGCGGUGAAGACGAGGCAGAUGAAGACGUGAAGAGUGAGUUCACUGCUGCUGCUGCUGAUGAUGAUGAUGAGAAGGAGGAGUGUGAGACACGGGUUCGGCAGCCGGUCGCUGAAGGGCUGGUGGAGGUCAAGCAGCUGGUGGAGCAGAAGCAGCUGGUGGAGAGAGAGCUGGGGGAGCUGAAGGCUCAGCUGGAGAAGGCCGGCUUCUCCUCGCUGUCCCAGAUGAGGAGAGCUUUGUUCAGCCUGCGAUCAGAGAACGAAGACUUGAAGCUCCAGCUGGCUGGUGGCAGGCAGGCUGUGGAGGAGGAGGAGGAGGAGGAGGAGGAGGAGGAGGAGGAGAGCUCUGGGAUGUGGGACGCUUGGGAUGGAGAUCUGUCUGACGUCAGGACUCAGAGCCACGGCAACCAGAAGACAGAGGAGGAAGACGGGGCGGAGACGCUCGCCGGCUCCUCGCAGGACGACGAGCCGUCCAAUCAGCAGCGAGAGCCGGACGCCUCGGCGACGGGAGGGAAGACGGUCCGUCUGCAGCUGAAGAGCCGGGAGCUGCAGGAGAGGCUGAUGGUGUCGGAGGCCACAGUGCAGGCUCAGGCCGAGCAGCUGCAGGACUACAGAGAGCUGCUGGCAGAAACAGCCGUGCAGCAGGACAGCAAGCUGGUCCAGGUGGACCUGCAGGACCUGGGCUAUGAGACCUGCGGCCGCAGCGAGAACGAGGCUGACAGGGAGGAGGCCAGCAGCCCAGAGUUCGACGACCUGGAGAUGUGCACGUCUCUGGACCUGGGCUCUCAGCGGUGGCCCGGCGCCGCCCAGCCCGACGGCUACCCCGGCGACGUGCCGUCGCUGCGGCGCCUGGUGGAGGAGCUGCGCUCGCAGCUGUGCCGCUCUCAGGCCGCCGUCCGCGGGCUGCGGCGCCGCCUCUCCGGCGACGACGGCUGGCAGGAGCUGGCGUCCAGAGUGGACGCUCUGGAGGACCAGCUGAGGAAAGGAGGCAGGAGGGAGGAAGGAAGCUCUGCGAACUGGCCGGGGAAGUUGGACUCCCUGCUGCAGGCGCAGGCCAGAGAGCUGUCGCUGCUGCGCCAGCGGCUGCGUCACGGCCGCGCCGCCUGCGCCGUCCUGCGCCGCCACCUGGCCGACGCCACCCGGGCCUUCGAGGAGCUGCUGCGCGCCAACGACGUCGACUACUACACGGGUCAGAGCUUCAGGGAGCAGCUGGCCCAGAGCGGCGCCCUGGCCCGGCGGGUCGGCGCCAGGAUCGGAGAUCCGUCGGAGGACCCGGAGGACCCGGAGGACCCGGAGGAGACCACGGAGCGGCUCGCCGUCCGGCUCAGUCAGGAGCUGCAGCAGAAGGAUAAAGUUAUCGAGUCUCUUCAAGCCAAACUCGACCAGCAGCAUCAUCAUCAUCUUCAUCGCUCCGACUCACCCAGCAGCAGCCACGCCCUCUCUGACAUCACCGACCAAUCAGAUCGCAUCUCCUACGUGUCGGAUGAGCACAGCUCCACCAACGGCGACCCGGACUUGUGCUGCGACGCAGACGCUGCCGGCGGACUCAAACCUGAGGAAAACAGGAACGCUACUGGAACCGCGUCUCCGCAAGGCGCCGCGUCCCGCCGGCCGUCCGUCGGCUCCUCCCAACGCUCCCAGUCCUGCCUCAGCUGUCCCAGCAUGCAUUGCUCCAGCUCUCCGCUCAGGCCCGCAGAUCUGCAGAGCCAAUCAGCCCCCAGUCGCGCCCCUCUCCCCUCCCCCAUCAAACAUGGCGGCCGCUCCCAGAGGAGCGCUGCGCCGGCUUUCUCUCUGGCUGCGGUUCAGCAGGAGCUCCAGACGCUGCAGAAGCAGCUGAGAGCCGACGGCAGGUUUUCCACUCCCAGGUCUCUCCACGGUUUCCCCCGGUUCGUCCCUCAGCAUCAUGCCGACGCCGCCGGCUGCCUGCCGCUCUCCUACCAGGCCUUCCCUCCUCCGCCGUUCGGCGGCCUGGACGUCGCCAUGGCAACGCGAGCCCGGGCCGGCCUGCCGGAGAGAGGCGCGUCCUGGGAAACGCCGUGCGGCGCCGGAGCCGACCUCUCGUCAGGGUCGUCGGGUUACCAGUCAGGAAGCGGACAUGCAGGUUCGGAUCUGAUGAAGGAACAUCUGGCAGAGAUCCGGAGUCUGAGGCGGAGACUGGAGGAGUCCAUCCAGACCAACGAUCGGCUCCGGCUGCAGCUGGAGGACCGGCUGGCCCACAGCGCCGGGGACAAAGGAGCUCCGACCAACAUCUACAUCCAGGGCCUGGACUCGGCCGGCCAGCUGUCCGCCGAGCUGCGCCUCCUGCAGGAGGAGAACGCCGCUCUGCAGGCGCAGCUGCAGCGCGCCAGCCGAGAGGGCAGCAGAGAGGCGGAGCUUCGCAGGGAGGCGGAGCAUCUGAGGGAGGCGGUCCUCCGGGAGCGCGCCAGGCUGAAGGAGGCGGAGCUACAGACACAGAGGUGGGCGGAGCUCAGUCAGAGGCUGCAGGCGGAGGAUGCCGUUCGCUGCCAGGAGGUGGCGCAGCUGAGAGAAGACGGGCAGAGAAAGCAGGAAACCAUCAACAGGCUGCAGCACGAUGCGAGCGUCCUGCGUCUGCAGCUGGACCAGAGCCGCAGUUUGAUCCAGGCGCUGCAGGAGGCGCUGCAGGACGCAAAGAGCCGCGUCUGGGAAAACUCCAGAGACUCACAAGCAGGUGAGGUGGGUAAUGGUGCUCUGCCAGUGACCUUUGACCCCAGAAAGCUUCACAUCCAGCUGAAGCAGCAGCUGAGCAGCCAGCCUGCAGCCAGGAGGCGACUCUUCAGCGGUGAAGACGUUUCUCCGCCCAUCCGAGACAGCGGCCCAAUCCGAGACAGCGGCCCAAUCCGAGACAGCGGCCCAAUCCGAGACAGCGGCCCAAUCCGAGACAGCGGCCCAAUCCGAGACAGCGGCCCAAUCCGAGACAGCGGCCCAAUCCGAGACAUCCGUCCCGUCGCUGCUCCGUCUCGGUUUCCUCCCGGCCAGGCGGCUGAUCCAGCUGCCUGCGCCCAGCAGGGCGGCGCUCCCGAGGGAGGCCAUCGUGCCGUCGGCCAUCUUGGAGACCUCCGGGCCCUGCAGCAGCAGCUCCUGGAUGGGGGCGCCCUGGCUGCUCAGAUGGAGGCUGCCCUGUGUUCCCUGAGCGCCUCGCAGAGGCUUCAGCAGCCUUUGGACCCAGAAUGCAUCAGUAAUCUGCUGGCGGACUCUAAAACCCUGAAGCGGAUCCUGCAGGAGGCGGAGUCUCUGCUGCAGGCGACCUGGACGGCGGAUCUGAGCCACUCUGAGGAAACCAGACAGGACAAGUCUCUGAGGGACGAGUCUCUGAGGGACGAGUCUCUGAGGGACGAGUCUCUGAGGGACGAGGUCGCCUGUCUCCGGGUGAAGCUCUCAGAGCGGGACCAGGCUCUAAGGGACGCCAUGGAGAGACUGAAGAGCUCCAGCCUCACCAAGGACAGCAUGGAGCAGUUCAUCGUUAGCCAGCUAUCGAGGACGCGGGACGUCCUGAGGAGAGCCAAGACCAACCUGCAGGAGAACAAACUCAGGAUCUGCUCCCUUCCAGCCUCUGUCUCUGUCCCGUCCCCCCCCUCCGGCCCAGUGAAGGUGAAAACCCAGGGGGCGCCACUGAGCUCAGCUCCCCUGCUGGUUGGAGCGUCCUGACACCCUGGGGCCCGGCGCCCCGGUGGCCCGGCCCGGCUCCGGCUGAACCCGCCCUCAGUGAAGAACCUCCAGACUUGAAGCUGCAGGUUGAGAAAGCCUGAAGCCAGAAUCUGGACCCUCAGAGAUCCCAGACGCAGUUUCUGAACCUGGAAUCACAACCAGAACCUGCAGGUCCAAAGUCCUCAUCCAGGUUUCCAGGAGGAAAGUCUGGUGAAAGCAGAGAGCUUCUUUGCUGCCUGUGUUUGUGUUCAGUGGAGACGAAGCCAUGAUGUUACUGGAACCUGUUCGUAGUUAAAUCACUGGGAAAAUCCUCAAAACACAGAAACGAACGAGACCAACAGAAAAUUCCUUCUUUUGUUUCACCUUCUCAACCUACAAAGUAUUAUUAUGAUUUCAGAAACUGGUACAUGUAAAUCUGAAACUGGAAUCAGCCGGAACCGGGUCGGACCUCAUGCAGUCUUUCCAAGCUCCUAUCAAGGUGUUGGUCAGGUGUUUCCAGGACCUUGGCCAGGUGUUUCCAGGACCUUGGCCAGGUGUUUCCAGGACCUUGGCCAGGUGUUUCCAGGACCUUGGCCAGGUGUUUCGGGUCUCCUGGAGCCUCAUGGCUUCCUGCUUGGUGGCGGCGCUGAUCCCGACCUGACGUCAGCAGAAGUGAUGCGUUCAGUGACGGCGCAGUCCAAACCGCGGUCCGGUCGGGUUCUGCUGGUUUCGGCGUUGUCCCUCCAGUGUGAACGUCGCCGUGGUGAUGAGGUUUAUGUUUGGUUAUCUUAGUUUUCUUUGGUAUAUUCCUGGUUAUUCUUAGUUUUUAGUUAAUUUUUCAGAAAUUUGCAACUUUUGGGCCUUGUGUGGUUGCCAUGACGUCUCUUAAAGCUGUUGACAAUCAGUUUUAGGUGCUGAUAUUUAUCUGCGUCUGGCUUUAAAUGCUCAGUAGGAGACGUAGCAGCAUUAACCUUCACUGUCGUAUUUAUGGAGCAAUAAGGCAAACCAAAGCAGACGGCCUGUUUGUCAGCAGGUCGGGUCCAAAGUGACCCAUUUAAAGAGCUAACGGCUAAUCGGAUAAACGUUGGGAUGCUCAGAAACCAAAGCUAACGGAGGAACUGCAGCACUUUCUGCUGUUGACCUGCUGGAUUUUUAUGCAUGUUCUCUUUGCUCAAUUGUUUUGAGAUAAAAAUAAAACAAUGUUUUCAAUAAAACUAAUAAAUCUGGUGGAAAUGAA